UGCGUUGAUGCUUCUUUUGGUUUUUGUCUCAUUUGGAAUGAUUAUUGCAUUGGCCUUCUAUAGACAUCAGCAUCCAACCAAUCUAUACCUGCUUCUUGGCUUUACUGUGGUAGAAGCAUUGACAGUAGCUACUAUAGUGACCUUUUAUGAAGAUAUUAUAGUCUUUCAGGCAUUUGUUCUUACUGCAGCUGUUUUCCUUGGUCUUACUGCAUACACAUUCCAGUCAAGGAGAGACUUCAGCAAGUUCGGAGCUGGGCUUUUUACUUGUCUAUGGAUUUUGAUCAUCGCAGGCUUUUUGAAACUGUUUUUCUACAGUGACACAUUGGAACUUGUGUUUUCAGCAGCUGGAGCAGUGUUGUUCUGUGGCUUUAUCAUCUAUGAUACACACCAGCUGAUGCACAAAUUGUCUCCAGAAGAAUACAUACUUGCUUCAAUUAACCUUUAUUUGGAUAUUAUUAAUCUGUUCUUAUAUCUUCUUCGCUUUUUAGAAGCAUUUAACAAAAAAUAAAGCAAGAAUAAAAAUAUUUUCUUUCAAGUAAGAAGUACUAUAGGAAAUUAAUUAAUGUAUGUUAAUCAUAUUCUUUAUCUGCAUUUUAAUGUAUAAAAAUCUGUAUAAUAAGUUGAGAGUAAUGGAGAAAAUUAAUUCAUGUUUGUUUGACGUGUGUUACUGUCUUCUACUUUUACAAUUGGGGCAAAUGGUAAAGUCUGUUGCAGAGGUGUAGCUAGAAAAUUCCAUUUUGUACUCUCAUACUUUUUUUACUGCCCUCCUACCAAACUGGCAUUUAAAGAAAAAAUAGACACAUCUUUCAAAGUGUUGCCCCCCCCCCCACACACACAGUUAAUAAAUGUGCACAUCAUUUUCAGCAGUUUCUUAAAAAAACUAUUAAAGAUAUUUUUAGAUUAGCAAUCUUCUGUAUAAGCAAGAUAUGCACCUGUUAUUAUAGGCAUUCCUUUAGACAACUGUAGAUAUAUAGCCUGAAAAAGCUACAAUAUGUUUGAGCGAUGUAAAGAAAAACUAUAGUCUGUAGAGUACAAAGAGUAUGCAUGGUUACACCCUUGGUCUGUCAUAAUCCGUUUGUAAACUUGUAGUUUACAUUUUGUUAUUUUUGAUUAAUUGCACAGAUUAUUACAGAAUUAUUUUAAAUAAAUGUAUGUGCAAGUAAUAUAGUUUGCAAA